CAUGCUGGCAAAACGAAUAAUCUUUUCGCAAGGCUGACACAUUUCAGAAGAACAAACGAGUUGCAAAAACAGCAUGAAAAGCUUGAAAUUCUUGGCAGCAGAGGGUUUCGUUCGAAGUGGCCCGUGUGCCAGUAGGAAUCUGAGUUGCUUGUCUUAUAACCUUUACCCAAUCUUGUUUAAAGCCAGCUACCUGCUUGAAGAGGCGGAUGUGCUGCGUAACUUGGUCAAGACGUGGCCCCUCACUGAGCUCAACCUGCGGAGAUUGCUGGGAAAAACUCCAGACUGCAAGAUAGAUCUCACCUCACGCACCUGCUGUCUCUGUCUCAAAGCCCUGCUUAUGGGAUUGAAGGACUAUGUUCUUUGUGAACCAACCACAUAUGCCAAAGUCCUGCGAGUGGUGGAUCUGACCGUGUUGCAGGAUAUCGAGCACCAGGCCUGCCCAUGCAGAAGCUCGCUGGGCCGCUGGGCUCGCACCGAACUGCUCACACGUAUGUGCUAUGAGACCAUGGUGGCCAUGCAGGGAGACGAAGCAGCAGCAGCAGCCUGGGACGUGGAGGUGGAUGUCCGGCUCAAUGCCUUUGUGACAGGAAGAAACUAUGAAAUGGUCUUGCAGGCUCUAUUGUUGCUCAGGCACUGUCCGUUGAAGCUGCGCUGUGUGGGUUUGCGUGCGGACUCACUUCCUCUAAAGAGCCUCUUUUAUUUGCUGCGUCUGGUCAACACUGAAGGCCUGCAGAAGUUGGAGGUGGUGCAUAACGUACAUUUGGAGGCUCCACAUCUGGAGGUGAUGAUGUCACAGCUUCGCUUUCCCCAGCUGCGCUCGCUCACCUUACCGGCGCAGGCGCUGGAUGUACGCAGGCUGACUCGGGGCGAUGAGGACCUCCUUGUGACGCUGGGAGAGCUGAUGAGUAAGAUGACAGAGCUAAGAGAACUCUACCUGGGCUUCUCAACUGUUACAGGACAACUGAGACGACUGCUCAGUCCUCUGCACACCCCACUGCAGUGUAUAGAACUGGCUAACUGUUGCCUUAGCCCUGUGGACAUGGCAUAUCUGGCCAACAGCCUGCACAGCGAGUUUCUGGUAAAACUGGACCUGAGUGGCCACGUGGUAGCCGAUCUAUUCCCGAACACCUUCCGUAAACUGUUGCAUCGCUGCUCAACUACGCUCAGCAGUCUGAGUUUGGAGGAGUGCGGUCUGUCGGAUGACCACCUGGACCUCCUCAUUCAUGCACUGGAACCUUGUAAUGCCAUGCAAGAGCUUAAGAUUCUGGGCAACCCGCUGAGCACAGCAGCCCUGCGGCAGCUUUUUAACAUGCUGGCACAAGGCUAUCCAGCGCUACGUUAUAUAGAGCUGCCAGUGCCGCGUGACUGCUACUCUGAAGAUGUAACCUACCCACUGGAUGAUUCCACGCUGCUGAGUUACGAUCAAGUGAAGUUCGACCAAGCAAGAAGCGAACUGGUGGCCAUCCUGGAACGAGCUGGGAAAGAACAAAUAGAAGUAUGCACACCACUGCUUGGGGUCUAUGAUCCCGACAUCCACGAGACAAGCAACGAACUAGGGAUUUCUAUGUUGCAGUCCUUUAAUACGGUCGUAGGGAACUUUAUACACACUGUAACGAGCGUGAAUGAACGGAGGGAACAUAGUCUAAAUGAGUGAAACCAAGGAACAGGGAAAUUUUUUGUCCUAUCAAAAUAUAAAAUACUAAUUGGACUUUUAAUAGGAGUCCAUGGUGAAGAACAUGGCCGGAAUUGUGCAAUAUAGAAUUAGAUUUAGAUCAUUCUUAUGUUGUUCAUUCUCAUGCAGUGUAAAUGUUUCAAAAUAAUUUUUCAUCCCCAAGUUCUUAUAAUCACUCACACAGACAGGGGUGUCAACGUUGCAAACCAUAAAAUAUACAGGCUAAGAGAAAUAAAAAGUACUAAGCUUCAUCACUGUAACACUGUAAAAGUUAUUCACGCAUCUUUGACAUUCAGUGUUUUUACCCUGUUUGAGUCUUUAGAAACAGAAAAAACAUGUCUUCUGCAUCAAUGAAGGUUCAGAAGUUGGCUUUUAAACUUUCAACAAAUCGUUAACACUGUUCCAAUACCAGUUUAACUGCUACUCUGAAGCCGGAAAGGUUCCCAGCAACUGUGUUGCAGUGGUUUAUUUUUGAAUGUAACAUGUAGCUCACAUUAAUUCUUAAGUGAUGUAUAAUUAGUUCCAUCCAUAACUGUAAGGAAAAAAUGGCAUUUUGUAGAGCCUUUGGUCAUAUGUAAAUGCUGGGAUUUAAAAGCAUUAUAUAUUGUUAUGGUUAUAGUAUAAUAUAUACUUUAGAUUUUACAUAACCACAAACUUCCUUUUUUUGUGUG